AUGCUCAACAAAGCAAGUUGUAACGAUAAAGCAAGCCUUAAAAAUGAUUGCAUAUCAGUGUUACCAACUGGAUAUGGGAAAUCACUGAUAUUUGAAAUUCUUCCCUUUGUGGACUUUUCAUUCUAUGAUCGACAGUGUUUAGUUCUGUUGAUAUGCCCAUUGAAUGUUAUCAUAGAGCAAGAAAUUGCAAAACUUGGGGCUAAGUCCAUAAGAGCAUCAGACCUCCUUUAUAAGGAUGAGAGUAAAGACUUGACACCAAUAUUGUACAUUGUUGGCCAUCCAGAAGAUAUCACACAGCCAUCUAUUUUAGAAGAAGUUUCUCGACUUAACAGACGGACAUUCAUUGUUGUGGACGAAGCUCACUUGGUGCCUCAGUGGGGGGAAGAAUUCAGACCAAUGUUUAGAAACAUCUGCAAUUUGAAGUCCAUUAACUCACAUCUUACAUUUAUCUUAGCCCUUACAGCCACUGCUUCCGUUAAAGUUCAAAAAUCUAUAGCUUCACAUCUCACCAUGAAGAAGCCAGUUUUUCUCAGAUCAUUACCUGUUCUUAACAGCAACAUUAAGAUGACUAUUCAAGAGCGUCCUUCUUCAACUGGUGGAAAUAACAGAGUCCAUUCUGCAUAUGACUACAUUUUCAAACCUGUGAAUUCACAAAUUAUUGAGGACUUAAAAAGCAACAAGGAGGUUAAAGUUGUGUUGGCCACUGUUGCUCUGGGAAUGGGUGCCGACCUUCGAAAUGUGAAGCAUGUAAUUCAUGCUGGCCCACCAACCAGUCCAGAAGUCUAUGUACAAGAGGUUGGACGAGCUGGAAGAGAUGGCCAGGCAGCAGAAGCCAAGUUAUAUUUCAAUAACUCUGAUCUAGCAGAGAAGCCUAUUGAUAACAGUAUGAUAGAGUUCAUUAGAUCAAAGUCAUGCAGGAGACAGCAUCUAUCUGCAUAUUUUGAUGCACCCUUUGAAAGUGUGGAUAACUGUUGCGAUGUUUGUUGUAAGGAAGGAGCAAAUGUUAUUGGUUUUAAGGUUCCUUCGCUGGAACAAAGGCAUUAUGUUAGACUUUCUCUUCAGGCAUACAUAAAUGCCGACCCUUCAGGAGAGUUAGGAUUUAUUAUGUCUGAAGAAAAAGUCCAGAUUAUUGUUGAUUGUUUUGAAUUCAUUAAAGAUGAAUCAUAUCUUUCUAAAUUGCUAAAUUCAAGUGUUCCUGAGUCAGUUUCUAGUUCACUUUUUGCUAUCUUAUCAUCAUUUCAAAAUGACUGAACACUGUACGGUACAUGCUGUAAAUGGAUUGAUACAUUGUGUCUGUUUAUAUUGCUUUAUGUCAGUUAUACAGUACUUAUUUUCUUUCUUCAUUUUGCAAUUCCAAUUUCUAAUAACACAUUGAUUUGCCAAAAAAGUUUAUAUGCAUCCUUUAAACUGUGAUUCUUGCUUAAUGUGCAUGAAUAUUAAUGAAACCAGGAUAUACUAAACUAGAAUAAUAAGUAUGAUUAGUAUAUGAGCACAUUAUGAUUACUGUCACAUUGAAAUUCAUA